GUUGGGGACCUUCUCUGCCUCUUCUUCUUGCUAUUAUUUCCAUUGCAUGUCUUCCAAUAGAGCUCCGUGCUGCCAGGCACGUUGUGGCGGAACGUGGUACUACACCAAAGGCGUACAACUCUAAAUUUGGAUUUGCCGAACGAUCGCUUGAAAAUCUGCGGGGAUUCACUACAGUCGAGUCUUGUGAAUGAGGAGGAAAGUCUGUGUGUACAUGCGUGUGUUUGUGUGCGUGCGUGUGUGCGCGUGCGUGCGUGCAUGUGUGUGUGGGAGAGACUUGUGGCUGUGUAACGGGAGCAUUCUGAAUGAGGUCACGGCCCGCUGCGCCGCCGCCCACAAACAUGGCCGUCUGUGGAGCGGACGAAACUUUCAAAUGAGGCUACGAACGCCACUUAACCCUCUUUGAUGUGGAAAACGGAGCAGAGAGUGCAACGUCCUGCAUGAAAUGUCAUCAAUCCAAAAUCUGCAAACACUCUUGCCACCAGCCCCAAAAGAUCAUCUCUCCUCAAAAUGUUUCCACAAUCCGGGAGGUCGAUCGUCUUCGACAACUUUCCGGACCCCGGCGACACCUGGGAGAUCGUGGAGACCAUCGGCAAGGGGACCUACGGCAAAGUGUACAAGGUGCUCAGCAAGGUGGACGGCAGCAAAGCGGCCGUGAAGGUUUUGGAUCCGAUUCAUGAUAUCGACGAGGAGAUCGAGGCCGAGUACAACAUCCUCAAGGCUCUUUCCGACCACGCCAACGUUGUCAAGUUCUACGGAAUGUUCUACAAGAAGGACGCGAAAUGUGGAGAUCAGCUGUGGCUCGUGUUGGAGCUGUGCAACGGCGGCUCCGUGACGGAUUUGGCCAAAGGCUUGUUGAGGAGGGGCGAGCGCGUGGACGAAGCCAUCGUUGCCUUCAUCCUGCAUCAGGCCCUCAUGGGCCUCCAGCACCUGCACGUGAACAAAACCAUCCACAGGGACGUCAAAGGCAACAACAUCCUGCUGACCACGCACGGAGGCAUCAAACUGGUCGACUUCGGUGUUUCGGCCCAGCUGACAAACACUCGCCUGAGGAGGAACACGUCGGUGGGAACGCCCUUCUGGAUGGCGCCGGAGGUGAUAGCGUGCGAGCAGCAGCUGGACUCCACCUACGACGCCCGCUGCGACGUCUGGUCCCUGGGCAUCACCGCCAUCGAGCUGGGCGACGGAGACCCGCCCCUCUCAGAGCUCCAUCCAAUGAGAGCCCUCUUCAAAAUUCCCCGAAAUCCUCCGCCCACCCUCCAGCAGCCCGAGUUGUGGUCCGACGACUUUAACGACUUCAUCUGCAAGUGUCUCAUCAAGGACUUCGAGCUGCGACCGAACGUGUUGGACCUCCUCCAGCACGUCUUCAUCAGGCAGACUGUCGGGAAGGAGAAAAUGCUGCAGAAACAACUCGUUGAACUUAUUGAUCUCAACCAGCAAAUAGGAGUCAUGGAGAAGACCAGCCAUCAUGGAAAAACAGACAGAGGCCGAGACAGUAACGACAGGCAUGAACGCAUCCACACCAAAAAAGGAAGCAACAUGAAGAUGGAGCGGGAUGAGGGCGACGAUCUCGCCGCUUUGGAAGUACUCGACGAGGACUCGGUCAGCGAGCAACUGCAGGAGCGCUACGGCAGGGAUCAGAUCUACACCUACGUAGGCGACAUCCUCGUCGCCGUCAAUCCUUUCCACAAAAUGCACAUCUACGCUCCUCAGUACAGUAAAAUGUACGUGGGCGCAAAGCGGACGGCCAAUCCUCCGCACAUCUUCGCUGUGGCCGACAUCGCCUACCAGUCCAUGGUGUCGUACAACUCCGAUCAGUGCAUCGUGAUCAGCGGCGAGAGUGGAGCAGGGAAAACGGAAAGCGCUCACCUGCUCGUGCAGCAGCUCACCGUCUUGGGCAAGGCCAAUAACCAGUCCCUCCAGGAGAAGAUCCUGCUGGUCAACAGCCUGGUGGAGGCCUUCGGCAACGCCUGCACGGCCAUCAACGACAACUCCAGUCGCUUCGGCAAGUACCUGGAAAUGAAGUUCAGCGCUAGAGGGACGGUGGUGGGCGCCAAGAUAUCCGAGUACCUACUGGAGAAGUCCAGAGUCAUCCACCAAGCCGCGGGGGAGAAGAACUUCCACAUCUUCUACUACAUCUAUGCUGGCCUGGCUGACAGGAAGAAGCUCGCCCACUACAAGCUCUCUGACAGCAAAACGCCUAAGUAUCUGUGUAACGAGCACAUUAAACUGGGCCCCGACAUUGUGAGCAACACCGCCUACAAGGAGCACUUUGACGCAGUGGAGCAGUGUUUCAAAGUCAUCGGAUUCUCCCUGGAGGAGCUGGGCAGCGUGUACAGCACGCUGGCGGCCAUCCUCAACGCGGGCGACAUCGAGUUCUCGGCGGUGGUGUCGGAGCACCAGACGGACAAGAGCGACAUUGACAACAGGACCGUCCUGGAAAACGUGGCGUCGUUGCUGCGCAUCCGCUCCGACGAGCUCCAGGAAGCCUUGACCUCCCACUGCGUGGUGGCCCGGGGCGAGACCAUCGUGCGGCCCAACACGGUGGACAAGGCGGCGGAGGUGAGGGACGCCACCGGCAAGGCGCUGUACGGCCGCCUAUUCAACUGGAUCGUCAACCGCAUCAACGCGCUGCUGCGGCCCGACGGCCGCCUCGGAGAGGACGACAAGGGCUUGAACAUCGGCAUCCUGGACAUCUUCGGCUUCGAGAACUUCAAGAGGAACUCCUUCGAGCAGCUGUGCAUCAACAUCGCCAACGAGCAGAUCCAGUUUUACUUCAACCAGCACAUCUUCGCCUGGGAGCAGGAUGAGUACCUGAACGAGGACGUGGACGCUCGCGUGAUCGAGUACGAGGACAACCGGCCGCUGCUGGACUUGUUCCUGCAGAAGCCCAUGGGCAUGCUGUCGCUCCUGGACGAGGAGAGUCGCUUCCCGCAGGCCACCGAUCAGACGCUCAUCGAGAAAUUUCAAGAUAACCUGAAGACCAAAAGCUUCUGGAGACCAAAGCGGAUCGACCUCGGAUUUGGUAUUCACCACUAUGCUGGAAAGGUGAUCUACAACGCCGCUGGUUUCCUUGCCAAGAAUCGAGACACGCUGUCGGCAGACAUUGUCCUUCUGCUGAGGUCCUCAGAGAACGAGCUUGUUCGCAAACUUGUCACCCACCCCCUCACCAAAACGGGCAACCUCGCCCACACCAAAGGCAAAGCUGUCACCACGCUCCCCACCCCGCGCACCCCCACGCGCACCCUCACCUUCGCCAAGAUGGGAGUGCUUACCUUGUACAGUUCCUUUACUUUCACUGAGUUUUACAGUCGACAUCAGCUGGAAGUGAAAAAUAAACAGCCUGACCCUGUUGACGCAGACACGCCGUACCAUCCUCGAGAAACCACCAACAUGAGAACGCAGACAGUGGCGGCCUACUUCAGAUACUCCCUGAUGGAUCUGCUGUCCAAGAUGGUGUCGGGGCAGCCCCACUUCGUGCGAUGCAUCAAACCCAACAACGACAGGCAACCCAACAAGUUCGACCGGGAGAAGGUUCUAGUCCAGCUGCGCUACACGGGAAUCCUAGAGACGGCUAAGAUCCGCCGGCAGGGCUACUCGCACCGCGUCCCGUUUGCCAAUUUCCUCAAGAGGUAUCACAUUGUGGCGUUCCACGCUGACGAGGAGCCCGCGGUGACUCCUGAGACGUGCGCUAUUAUCCUGGAGAAAGCCAAGCUGGAGAACUGGGCCAUGGGGAAGACAAAGGUUUUCCUCAAGUACUAUCACGUGGAACAUCUGAAUCUGAUGGUGCAGCAGGCCACGCAGCGCAUCGUGCUUCUGCAGGCUUGUGUCCGAGGUUGGCUGGGCUCCCGACGUUACCGUAGGCUGCUGAAGGCGCGAGAACAAAGCGCUCUUGUGCUGCAGUCCGCUUACAGAGGCUAUAAAGUGCGAAAGAGUGUCGGCGAGGACAAGAACAAGAAGCGGGAAGCCUUCGUCGUCCAGUUUCAAGCUGUCUGCAGGGGCUUUCUUGCAAAGAAGAAGUACAAGGAGUUGGUGGAGGAGAAGCACAGAGCGGCCUGCAAGAUUCAGGCGCACUACCGAGGGCACAAGGACAGGAAGCGUUUCAAAAGAAAACGAGAAGCCGUGGAGAAGGAGAAAGCAGAAAAAGCUCUGACCGUCACUCAGGAGAAGCCGCCUGAGCCGUACCAGAACGCCACCGAGGAGGAUUUUCCAGCUUCCAACGACAAAACCCGAACCGAAGAAGAGGAAACCAAGGCUGCCGUAAUCCUGCAGAGCAACUUCCGAGGCUACCAGGAUAGGAAGAAGUUUAAGGCGAGAAAGAAGACCACGGCUGGAGCUGAGCUGCAGCCGCCGUCCAUGCCACUGUUGGAAGCGGAAUGUGAACAAGAAGAACAAGGAGAAGGAGGGCCGAAGAGCCCCGAGGAUGAGGAAGAAGAUACGUACGAAGCAGAGGAGAAUGAAGACAGCGAUCACACGCAGGUGCCAGAAGACGAAGAGAACACCGACGCCGUGGUAGAUGAGCCGGCGGUUGGUUCCGGGGAAGAAGUCCCGCCUGAAGAUUUCGCAGACUUGUCAAAUUUGCAGGAGGAAACCAAAGCUGCCGUGGUCCUCCGGAGUAACUUCCGAGGGGACGACGAGAGGAGGAGGCUCCGGGAGGACGCCAAAAGAAACCUGAACGACCCAAAUGAGCAGGAAGCUUCAGAGGAAGACGACAUGGAGCAGGACAGUGGCGACCCGGAGGAGACCAAAGAAGCCGUGGUCCUUCAGAGUAAGUUGAGGGGCCACAAGGAAUGCAAACGACUUGAAGAGGAAGGGAAGAUCCCUGGCAGGAGGACACGAGAACUCAGAGAAGAGCCAGAAUCCUACGAGGAUCGAGAAGUGCUGGAUGAAGAAGAAACAAACGAGGAACUUUUAUCUCCAAACGAUGUGGAGCUCGAAUUGGCAGAGGCGGCGGCGGACGCCUCUGACGUUGUGCUGGAAUGUGAAGAUGAGAAACGGGAGGAAGAAGAGGCUGCGCUGAAGAUCCAAAGUAACUUCAGAGGCUACGAGCAGCGCAAGAAGAUGAAGGCCAGCAAGCAGGCGGCGCAGGAGGAAGCCGAGCAGCUCGAGAGCUUCUCCAUACAGAUCGCCGAGACCUCUCACAACUUUGUGGCCCUGCAGCAGAAGUUGACGGAGAUUUUCCAGGCCCAUCAGUCGAACCCGGAGAGGAACGGCAUGUUUGUCAAGGAGAAAGCCAUCAACGGCUUCGCUCCCCAGAUGCAAAAAUCGCCCGACAAGAGAUUGUCGCGGCCCCCCCGCCGCACCCUGCAGCCAAAGACCCUCAACACCCCCGAGGACUCCACCUACUACACAUUGAUCCAUCGUUCCGUCCAGGAUGACAAACGCAAGCCCAGGAAAGAAGAUCCAGGUAAACUAGUGGACGUGGACCAGCACUACUACCAGGCUUUGCCCAACAGCAGAUGCGCGCCCGCUUCGGCCUCCGAGGGGACUUCAUCUCAAAGCAGCGUCCGGCACAGGUUGUCCGAGGACCGGAGACCAGAACCUGCGGAGAACAGACAGCCAGAAGAAUACAAGCCAGAGUCCAAACCUGCCAAACACGCCAGUCAGUCGGUUCCCGGAACGCCGUCUGCCGCCACUCGCACCGACAACAACCCGUACGACUUCAGGCACCUGCUGAGGAAGACCUCGCAAAGACGAAGGCUCAUCAGACAGUACCGAGCAAAGGACUGACCUUGUUGCUUUUUAAUCAAACCGUGCUGACCAGUGACAAUCUUCGCACUUACAACGGACCAAUGAGAGCUUUGUAGACAAGCUGAACACACCUGUGAAUAAUAAAUGAGCUUUAUUUUCUAAAUGGCUGUAAAUAAAAGGGAUGC